GUCGUGUGUAAAAACGUCAGCUGACAUCCCGGAAGUAAUAGAAAUAACAAAUAUCGCUGCUACUCUUUCGACAAUAUAUAAUUUUUCUGUUCGUUUAAGAAUAUUAUUUAGGCUUCUCUUAUGGAGGGUUCACUGGAGCAACAUCUUGAUGACACAAUGAAAAAUCCUGCCAUUGUUGGGGUUCUGUGCACAGACGCUCAAGGCCAUAAUCUAGGAUGCCGUGGCUCACUUUCUGAUGAACACGGAGGAGUUGUGUCUGUGCUGGCCAAGCAAGCCGCUUCUCUAACCAAAGAUCCCACUGACUCUCCUACUGUCUGUCUGGAGUCUGACUCUGGGAACAUUUUGGUGAGAACACAUGGAACGAUUACACUGGCUGUACAUAAGAUGGCAUCAUAAAUUCAGUGUGUUUCUAAUGGUCAGAUAUUGAAUACGUGCAGUGUUUUUAAACAUCAUUAUUAUUUCUAGCUUGAAAAACUUCAGUGGUCUAUUGUCAGCAACAUAGAAGUUUAAUGAUUGGAUGAAAUCUUGUCUUCCAUCAGAUAUUUGUGUACAUGGUUAAUCAAUAAUUUCUUUUCCAAUAUCUGUACCUUCUUUCAACCAUACUCCACAGUUUAGAUGUGUUUACUGCUUUUUUGUUUGUUCGAACAAUUUUUUCCCAGUUAAUAAACUGUGUUAUUUAAGGAAAAUAAUUCUGAGUCUUUUGUAAGCGGUGUUUAAGUUGAAGUACUAUGAUGUGCUCAGAAGGGGGCAGUAGUUGUAUCACAUUUAGCAUGAAGCAGAAUACUGAAGAUAACCAUAAUGAUUUAACAUUCAUUAAGUACCUCACAGAGAAUAGUUUAAUGGAUCAUUUUGAGUUAUAGUUUAUAUGCAUGAUUAACAACUGGAAAUUAUUUAAUUUGAGACAGGUGAGUUUUUUUUUUUUUCAACAUACUUCUUAGUAAUGAACAAUUAUAAAAGUCAAUUUUGUCAGACAGAUAACGUAAAAAUUUGGCAACUAUCACUAAUGUUUUAUUUUACGAAUAACAGAAAUAUACUAUCCUUUUUACUGUACAUUUGUUGUAUGCAUAUGGAAAAUAUCGAGAAUACUUCUUUGCAUUUUGUAAACGCUCUGGCCUGUCAUGGAGCGUUCUUUCCUUGAUAAAAGUUAACAGUGAAAUCA